AUGUCCGCUGUCGCCGCUGACAAGAAGGCGCCCGUCGCCGCCGCUGAGAUGGAGCUCAACCCCGAGCUCGAGACCUUUGUCGUUCCCGACAACUACGUUCAGCGUACUGUCGAGAACAUGAAGUGGCUCCCGCCCGUCACUGCCAAGAACCUCUUCCAGAACAUCCAGUGGAUUUCGUUCCUGGCUCUGACCAUCCCCCCCGCGCUUGCCAUCUACGGUCUCUUCACGACCCCCUGGCAGCUCAAGACCGCUAUCUGGGCUGUCGUCUAUUACUUCAUCACUGGCCUCGGUAUCACCGCCGGCUACCACCGUCUCUGGGCCCACCGUGCUUACAACGCUUCGCUCCCGCUCCAGUACUUCCUCGCCUGCGCGGGAGCUGGUUCCGUCCAGGGCUCGAUCCGCUGGUGGUCUCGCGGCCACCGCGCGCACCACCGCUACACCGACACCAAGCUUGACCCCUACUCGGCUCACGAGGGCUUCUGGUGGGCCCACAUCGGCUGGAUGCUCAUCAAGCCCCGUGGCAAGAUCGGUGUCGCCGACAUCUCGGACCUGACCAAGAACCCCGUCGUCCGCUGGCAGCACAAGAACUACCUCUCGCUCAUGGUCUUCUUCGGCCUCGGCUUCCCGACUCUUGUCGCCGGCCUCGGCUGGGGUGACUGGUGGGGAGGUCUCUUCUUUGCUGCCGCCGCUCGUCUCGUCUUCGUCCACCACUCGACCUUCUGCGUCAACUCGCUUGCCCACUGGCUCGGUGAGACUCCCUUCGACAACAAGCACACCCCCAAGGACCACUUCAUCACUGCGCUCUGCACUGUCGGCGAGGGCUACCACAACUUCCACCACCAGUUCCCCAUGGACUUCCGCAACGCCAUCAAGUGGUACCAGUACGACCCCACCAAGUGGUUCAUCUGGACCUCUUCCAAGCUUGGCCUUGCUUCGCACCUGAAGACCUUCCCCGACAACGAGAUCAAGAAGGGCCAGUACACCAUGAAGCUGCAGCUUCUCGAGGAGCAGUCCAAGGAGAUCAAGUGGCCCAAGCACUCGAACGACCUUCCCGUCAUCUCGUGGGAGGACUUCCAGGCCGAGUCCAAGGACCGCUCGCUCGUUGCCAUCCACGGUUUCAUCCACGACGUCUCGAGCUUCAUCGAGGACCACCCCGGUGGUGCCCACCUCGUCAAGCGCUCCAUCGGCACUGACGCGACCACUGCUUUCUUCGGUGGAGUCUACGACCACUCGAACGCCGCCCACAACCUCCUCGCCAUGAUGCGUGUCGGUGUCCUCGAGGGCGGUAUGGAGGUCGAGCACCUCAAGCUUCAGCGCGUUGCCUCGUCCGACUCGCUUGCCUCCGACGGCGCCUCGUCCGCCUCGUCCGUCUCGGUUCAGUCCAUCAUGUCCGAAGUCGAGACCCUCGACAAGCGCCACCCCACUUGGCAGCCCGCUGCCCAGGUCGCGAACCCCUACACGCUCCACGUGCCCCCCUCGGAGAAGAUCCAGGUCACGAAGAGCGCCGCCGAGCUCCGCCCCGGUCUCCUCCAGCGCCUGUCGACGCGCUCCAACGUCGCCUCGCCUUCUCUCACUCGUGCCGCCUCCUUCGAGUCCCAGGGUAUCCCUGCCUAA